UAACAGCAUUAGUGCAGCACUAUUUCUAUUUGACAACUAACAUAACAGUAAUUUUCGAAUCGGAAGAAAUUUCAGUCGCAAGUUUACUUGUUGGCGAUUUUAUUGAAAUGAAUGUGGAACACUGGCUAAGUGAACUUUUUGUUUCUCCCAAAAAACCCAAUGUCAGCAUAAAAAAGGCAGGUAACAAAGAUGUGCCCAGUUUUGAGAAGAACCAAACAACCAACCAGAUUUUAUGUGAUUUGCGAGAUGCAAAUUUGUCAGCUGAUUUACAAGCAGGAGAAGAAAUAAAAAUCAUGAAAAUUCUUACCAAAGAGCAUAUAGCUGAAACUGCUAGGUUGACCAAUAUUCUGAGGCCAUUGAAACUGGAUGUAGGGAACCUGCCUGAUGAACUGAGAAAACUUGUGGAAAUAAUUUCCAUGGCAAAUCAGAAAGCACGGGAAUUAGAAGAAACAACUGAAAUAUCUACCAAAUUACCUGACCUAUCUGUAAGUCAAACUCAGGCACUUCAACGACUUCAAAACCUUGAGAAGAUUCAAGAGAGUUUACAUCAUAUGAACAUAAGAGAUAGCCAUGAGCAACUAGCUAGGAAAAAAGAGACAGAAUUUCUGUCAAAAAAAAUUGGAGAAUAUGCUGGACAUGUUCGUCAUCUGGAGAAAAAAUUGGAAGCGGUAGAAUAUACCUCCGAGAUUGGUCACAGAUCAUUAGAAAAGCGCUCAAAAGAGCUCAUUUUAUCAGGCGAAAAACUUUCGCAGUUGAGGUCUAAAUUGGAUAUUUACUCCGAUUUAACUCCAGACAUUAAUUUAGCAAAGAUUCAACUGCAGAAUGUCAAAGAUGAAUUGAUGCAACUUGAAAGUAAAAUAACAGACAAUAUUUCCAAUAUUAAUUCAAAUUAACUUACUUAUAUUUCUGUUAAUACAAACAAAAUCAACAUA